UCUCCGCCUCGAAUCAUUAAGACACAUUUGACUUUCGGUUUGGUGGCUCGGGAGCUGUUUUAUCAUCUGUAAUAUUAGAAUAAAGAUUCAACAUCUUUUCCGGCACCGCCAACAACAUGCAGGCGUUUGUCUUUAUUCUUCUUUCAGUUCUGAUCUGCUGUUCGCUGGCCAAGGAUGCACAACCCAAGGUCCAGGUGUACACCCGUGUGCAAGAAGAGAUCGGGAAAGACAACAUCUUAAUCUGCCACGUGACUUGCUUCUACCCGCCACUGAUCACCAUUGAUCUGCUGAAGAAUGGAGAGGAAAUUCCGAAAGCCAAUCAGACGGAGCUGGGUUUCGAGGCCAACUGGAACUACCACCUGACCAAAUCUGUGGCCGUCACCCUCACCAAAGAAGACAAGUUCGUUUGCAGAGUGAAACACUUGGGGAAGACCAAAGAUCACUUUUUGGAGCUUGGCCUGUAAGCUCCGUGGUCCACCAUGUGCCAGGUCUGCAGAGUCUGGAGGAGGUGAAGAAGAUUUGAAUUUAAAAUCUUUAAUCUUGACAGAGUGUUUUCCGCGGAUCAGUGAAACCCACUUGAUCCAGCCUUAAAACAACUACGUUUACAUCGACACCAAUAGUCAAUCAAUCAAUUUUUUGGGUAUAGCCCAUACACACAAUUUGUCUCAUGGGGGCCCUUAACCCUUAACAAGAGUAAGGAAAAAGUAAAAAAACAAACCUUUUAACAGGGUAAAAAGCACGUAGAAACCUCAGAGAACCACGGGUGAGGGAUCCCUCUCCCAGGACGGACAGAUGUGCAAUAGAUGUCACGUGUAAUAGUCUGACUAUCAAACUUACUUUAGAGGGAUAGUUCAACCUGAAAUGAAAAUUCACUCAUUAUCCACGCGCCCUUAUGCCGGUGAGGGGGUUGGGUGAAGUGUCAGAGUCCACAAAACUCUUUUGGAGUUUCAGGGGUAAACAGCGCUGCAGCCGAAUACAACACAAUUGAAGACAUUAAUGACUUAUCUCCAGACGUAAUAAAACAACAGAAAAUAACACAACAUUUUAGGGUUUUUCUGUUGUUCUAUUACGUCUGUAGAAGGACUCACCAUUGACUUCAAUUGUGUUGGAUUCUGCUCUAGAAGGUUUACCCCUGAGACUCCAGAAGUGCACUCCGCCCACACCUUCCAUAGGCAUAAUGGUGAAUGGUUAAUGAGCGAACCUUCAUUCACUAUUUCUUUAAGUAAAGCAUCAAUUGAGGUGACAAAAAUACUCCAUUCAUAUUGCUGUUCACGUGUUAGAGCGCAUUGUCUGAUUACGACCUACAUGUCGAUGACACAAGAUGCUGUGAAAACUCCAGAAGAAUGUCAUUAUUAAAUUAAGAUGUAUAAAUGUCUACAUGCGAUUGGGAUUGGAAUACUUAGCAAUAAUCAAAUUAAAACGUGGAGUGUUCCAAGUGGCCUUAGGUAGAAUUCUGGACGUCAUAAUCAGAUUAUGCUCUCUAGCAUGUUAACGGAAAUAUGAACCCAAUAUUCGUUUAGUUGCUCAUGGGAUCAUCAUAAUAAGAAUAAUGUCCUGUUCAGAAAAGUGAAUAGGACAUUCACCCGUCAGAUUGUUGCUGUCCAUGUAAACAAAGUCGAUGUGUUUGUUUGUCUCCACCUAGAUAACUCCAAGACAAUUCUCAGUCAUAUUAGGAGACCGAUGUUUAUGAAUAUGUUUAAUCUGGUGCAGCUUGAGUGAGUCUAUGGAUUUGUCCGGCCUGAAUCGGGCAAAUAGGAAAUCUCUUCCUGAUGCAAUCUCAAAGACAACAAAAACAAUAGUCCAUCAAAAGCAUUUAAUGUUAAUAGAAAUUUGACAUCAGGAGGACAUGAGUGUUUAUUGUCAGAUAUGUUGUCUCGUCCUUGAGAUUGUAAUAACCUGCUUUUAAAUUUUUGCAGUGGCCAUUGUAAAUAUGAUUUUUAGUCAUUGACUCAACACCAUCAUGUAAUGAAAGCUGAAGCACUAUCAGUUAAUCACUGUUUUUCUAAGAAUCUCAGACUGUCAAAUAAAAUGAAAAAUAACAAUCGAAGAGCUGUCUGGGACACAUUUAUGAAAUAAAGAACUUCUUCACUGA